CCUUUUUACCCAUUCCAAAAAUUAAUAUCGAGAGAAAAAUUUAUUUUUCUUCCGGUCGAAAAUGGUCGGAAUUUUCAGAAACAAAUCCGGCGGCUGCUUCCUCUCUCGGAUCCUCAACUCGCCGGGUUUCUCCUUCCAUGUUAGCUCGUGGAGAUCUCUGCAAAACCUCGCCUACGAAGAGGUUCGUGCUUCCUCGGAUAAACCUUAUGAUUCCACCGCUUUCAUUCUUCACGGUCUCUUGGGAUCGGGAAGAAACUGGAGGUCUUUCUCCCGCAAUCUCCUCUCGAGGCUUUCCAAUUCCUCUUCAACCGAAUGGAGAUUGGUGCUUGUGGAUUUAAGGAACCAUGGGAGAUCGGCUGAAUCGGAAGGUUUUGAUCCUCCUCAUGAUAUGGUUAAUGCUGCCAAGGAUUUGGCGAAAUUAGUCGAGUCUCAAGGCUGGGCGUGGCCGGAUGUUGUUAUGGGUCAUUCCAUGGGUGGGAAGGUCGCGCUUCAGUUCGCGCAGAGCUGUAAUCGUGGUGAUUAUGGAGAUUCAGCUUCUCUGCCCAAGCAGCUAUGGGUGCUUGAUUCCAUCCCUGGAAAUGUGGACCCUGAAAACAGCGAUGGCGAAGUCGAGAAAGUUUUGAAGACAUUGCAGGGUUUACCUUCGUCGGUACCGUCGAGGAAGUGGCUUGUUAAUCAUAUGAUUGAACUGGGUUUCUCAAGAUCAUUAUCAGAAUGGAUAGGCAGUAAUCUGAAGAAAUCUGGGGAUCAUGAGACAUGGAGUUUCAAUCUUGAAGGAGCUGUGCAGAUGUUCAAUUCUUUCAGGGAGACAUCAUAUUGGUCUCUCUUGGAGCAUCCACCAAAAGACAUGGAGAUCGCUAUUGUUCGGGCCGAGAAUAGUGAUCGAUGGAGUCCUGAAGUUGUUCGGCAACUUGGACGUCUCUCCAGCAAGGGAUUAGAGGAAUCUAAAGGACAAGUUUCUGUUCAUGUUCUUCCCAAUUCUGGCCACUGGGUUCAUGUGGAUAAUCCAAAGGGACUCCUUGACAUUGUUGCUCCAAAAUUUUCAUCCCUUUGAAACUACUCCGUUUAAGAGUCAUUAGUUCUUCAUUGUCAAAUAAACUAAACAUUUAUUUAGAUCAUAAAUUCUACCCCAUAAAUUAUCAUCAAAUUCUGAUGAGCA